AUGGCAGCUUCACAAGAGGAGGAGCCCGUGGGCAGGACCAUCUCCGCCACGUCUCGCAGAUCCAAUGCCCCUAGAGAUGCUUCGCCCGACACCGAUCUGAGCCGGGUCAUUUCCGCCACCCAUACGCAUCUGGACGACCAGUCGCAGUAUGUUGGCCAGACCUACAACGAGGACGCAGACGUCGUCGAGGAUAGCGAGAGCACCGACGAGGCUGACCUGGCAGAGAAGGGGACCGGGCCUCAUGCGGGGCUCGAGCACGGGACAGACGAGGACGUGGUGGGCGAGGAGAGGAAUGGCGCUCUGGAAGAUCUCGAAGCGGGGAAUUUGAAAAAGACGGGGACGAGCAAGAGUGCUAAGAGUGCGAGGAGUGCCAGAGAUCCCAAUCUCGUCACAUGGGAAGGCCCGGACGACCCAGAGAACCCCAAGAAUUGGACCUUUAAGCGCAAAUGGGCUGCGACUCUAGUUGUUUCUUCGUUUACCUUCAUCUCCCCCGUGUCUUCAUCCAUGGUGGCGCCCGCCCUCGGUGCCAUCUCAGAACGCUUCCACAUUACAAACGAGGUACUGCAGUCGUUAACAUUGUCUAUUUUCGUUCUGGCAUACGCAGUUGGGCCUCUCUUCUUAGGGCCCCUCUCUGAGAUGUACGGCCGAGUCUAUGUUCUGCAGGCCAGCAAUCUUUUCUACCUGUUCUUCAACCUCGGCUGUGGUCUUGCCCAGACGAAAGCCCAGAUGAUUAUCUUCCGCUUCUUGGCUGGGCUGGGAGGUUCGGCACCGCUUGCGUUGGGUGGUGGUGUCCUGAGUGAUCUGUUCUUGCCCGAGCAGCGUGGGAGAGCCAUCAGUAUCUACAGUCUUGCGCCCCUGCUUGGACCGGCUAUUGGACCGAUUGCUGGAGGUUUCGUGACACAGAACACUACGUGGAGGUGGGUUUUCUAUGCCACGACCAUGGCCGAUGGAUUGAUCCAGGUCUUUGGGCUCUUCUUCCUUCAGGAAACCUACGCACCAGUCCUACUGCAGCGGAAAAAGAACAGGCUUAUAAAAGAAACGGGCAACGCCGAGCUCCAUACGGAAUGGGACUACCCACAGCGGACGGUUGCCCAAACCCUGAAGACCGCACUCAUUCGGCCCUUCAAACUGCUGGGCACUCAAGUUAUUGUCCAAGUUCUGGCGUGUUACAUGGCGUACCUUUACGGGUUGAUGUACCUGGUGCUCUCAACCUUCCCCACACUGUGGACCGGAGAGUAUCACGAAUCCGUCGGCAUAGGCGGCCUCAACUACAUCUCGCUCGGCGUAGGAUUUUUCGUCGGCACGCAAGUCUGCGCGCCUUGCCAGGACAAGAUUUACCGCGCGCUAAAGAAGCGCAACAACGGAGUAGGAAAGCCCGAGUUCCGCGUCCCGCUCAUGAUCCCGGGCGCCGCGCUCGUGCCCAUCGGGCUCUUCUGGUACGGCUGGGCCGCGCAAGCCCACACGCACUGGAUCGUGCCCAACAUCGGCGCCGCCAUCUUCGCGACCGGCAUCAUCGUCGGCUUCCAGUGCAUCCAGACGUACAUCGUCGAUGCGUACACGCGGUACGCCGCGAGCGCCAUCGGCGCCGCCACGGUGCUGCGGAGUUUGGCUGGCUUCGGCUUCCCGCUGUUCGCGCCCUACAUGUACCGCGCGCUGCACUACGGAUGGGGAAACUCGCUGCUGGCUUUCAUCGCGAUCGGUUUGGGAUGGCCGGCUCCGUGCCUGCUCUGGAUGUACGGCGAGAAAUUGAGGAAGAAGAGUACGUUCGCGGCGGGUUAA